GUGAUUCCUGGCGAGCUUUGGAUACGUGGUGCGGUACUUAACCAUGCUGAGGUGCAUUAACCGCUCCAGGAAUUGACAAGUAACUGCGAAAGAUGGUGUCGAUAAUUAAAAAUCAACUGUUGAAACAUCUGUCAAGAUUUACUAAGAAUCUAUCGGCUGACAAGAUCAAUUUAAGUACGUUCAAAGGUGAAGGGGAACUGACAAAUCUAGAACUCGAUGAGACUGUAUUGACUGACUUGUUGGAAUUACCAUCGUGGUUAAGGCUAACGAGUGCUUGGUGUAAUAAGGUUUCUUUUCGUAUACAAUGGACCAAGCUAAGAAAUGUUCCUAUUUUUUUGAGUUUGGAUGAGGUACACAUCGAGGUGGAGACGUGUGAAGACUUGAGGAACAUGUCUUCGCCACAGGGACUGUCAUCUUAUGCAGGACCUGCCAAAUAUUCCUUUAUACAUAAAGUUAUCGAUGGGAUAACCAUUACCGUUAAUACAGUGUCCGUUACCUUUAAAAGUCCUGCAUUUGUAGCUUCAGUACAGAUGGCUCGUAUCGUAGUAGAAUCAAAGUCACCUACUUGGAAGUCUUGUGACUUAAGAAUGACAAGACUGAAAGAUCCUGACAGAGGGCAGCUAUUAAUUUUUAAGGAAUUGGAAUGGCAAACCGUCAGAAUAGAGGCACGCAGUACCAAAGAUAAAGAUCUCACGCCGUUACGUUUGUUAACGAAUCAAGCUAGGUGUCGAAUAACCAUAAAGAAGAGAAUAUCAGAUUGUUUUGUCAUGGGAUCAAGACUUGUUCUUAUCCUAGAUGAUCUUCUGUGGGUACUGACUGACUCUCAACUGAAAGCGGCACUACAUUUUCUUGAUUCUCUGGGUGGUCUCGUCGAGAAAGCGACUCUCUUGGAACGAAAAACAAAAGCUGCUAGGAAACUGGAGGUACUUCCGGAAUAUCAGGCGCAAAUCAGUCAACAAGCAAGAUCCAAAACGCAGUCCAAUCCUACUGCAUCAAAAAUCUUAGCUGGGUAUGAUGUUGUCGAAACGUCUUACCAUUUUCUUUGUCAAAGGAUCGAUCUACAUUUGUGUGACGAUCCUGGAGCUGGAAGAUCAUUGCACCCGGAUUUAAAAGAGGGUGGAGCGCUCCAGAUUUCUUUAGUGAAAUUCCAAAUUGAUUAUUAUCCUUAUCACUUGGCAAUGGCAGACAGGAAACAUUGGGCCAAGUAUAAGGAGAACGCUACACCACACAGCCAGUGGCUGCAGCAGUCUCUGAACAGCUUCCGAGGGCAGUUCAUGGAUCUGAUUGAUUCAGGCCGAACACAGCAAUCACCACUGUCAAAAAAUCAAGCAAAUGCAACAGGGAAUGCAGCAAAAAAUCUUGAUGAAAAAGACAAAGCAGCUCAAGCGCAGAAUUCAAACAGUUCCACCGAUCCGAAGAAGUCAUCCCAGCAGCCAAGUGGCAAUCCAGUCAAGAACUACGUUUUAGAACAGCUUGCCAAACUCAUGACCACGUGUGUCAUAAUUAGGAUAGAUGACUUCACUCUGUACAAAGUUACAACUUCGUCUCGAAAACCUUCACCGAAAGAGUUUAUUGCAGGUGAUCGGGACAGGUUUUGUCUUCCUGAGGAUGUGCAGAUUCUCCAUGCCGAGUUCACAUACUAUUAUUAUCCAGCAGACAUCGCAUUUCCAUUGCCACUGCCCAAAUUCUACGUGCAACUUAACCCGAUUCAAGUGAACUUUGAUGUCUGCUCUUGUCUGUGGUUCAACUCCUUCAUUCUUAACCUUCAUCAUUCCUUAAUGAGUGCAGAAGGCAGAACCAGUCGGAAUUCUUCAAACUCAUUAUUUUUCGACGUUAAAAUCGAGGCAAUACUCCCAAGGCUGGUCUUCGAAAGUCAACAGGAUUAUCCGGCUCAGAGAGAUCGCCCCAAGUCUUUGCAUCUUCAAACAUCCAGAGCUACUCUGACGAAUGUCAGAUCGACCGAUAACUCUUCGAGAGCAGAUCUAGCACAAUGUCUGAAUGCCUUCCAGAUGGGUCAGAUGUUCUUCGGGACGGAGUUUCCAAGCAAGCAGGGAGAUUUCCGAGUCGUCGCAGAGAAGUUCGUGGAACACUGUGCUGGAACCGAUGGGGUUCGCACUGUCCCCCCAAACUUCACCAGCAACUCGGUGCAAGAGAUGGUUCGUCAGUUGAACAAAGAAUUGUUAUGGACAGAAGCUAAGGAUGUGUGGUGCUGCAAUUUCGACCCAGUGUGGGGUGACUUCCUGGGGGCUCGAGCAGUGGGUCAAAACCGACCUGUACCCUUCUUGGAUGCCUUUCCAUUGACCUUGUGGCUGCAUGUAAAACUAAACCCCACCGCCAGCAACCCAGAGCUAGCCGAUAUCCAUGGCAUGGCGUAUGUCAGCAACCUCGUCAGCGUGCAGAUUAAUCAUUAUCAGUAUCUAUUUCUAUUGCGCUUGUCGGAGGUGCUAGCAGAGAUGGCAACAUACUUAGCAGUCGAUUCAAAUAAAAUCUUGAAGGUGGAGUCUGGAGGCUCUCUGGUUAUCGGAGCUCUGGUGCCCCAAGUGGAGGUGACGUUCGUUAUGCCUUCGCAGACACCUGGAAAGGAGAAUUCAGGCGGUGAUCUGGAAUCCGUGGUGCCCGACUCGUCGAGCAUUGCCGAAGAUCUCGGUCCAUCUGCUCCCUGGCAAGCUAAUGCUACAAGUACUCGCAUAGAAUUUGCUGCAAAACGCAUGAACACUAGCAAUGAUGUAGAGACUCCGCAGAGUGAAGUGUCGUCUAUGGUGUCGAUGGACUUUACCCACUCGGUCGCUACGACUCAAGCCACCGUUACCUUCAAACAGAAUGAAAAUGGUAAAAUCGACCAGCAACCGAUUUAUAGUACGAGUAGUGUCGACUGGAGAGCGGAGGGAGAACAAGUAUCUUCACAUAAGCGUAAGUCCGAUGGAAAGAAUGCACCUUUCAUUCCAAACAACUUCAACGUUGGGUUGUCCUCCAUGAAGAAGGGCUUUAGCAAUCUCAUGACGUCCAUUGAUUCGGCCCUGAAACCUUCACCCGAGGAUGGCAGCAGUGAUACGGUGUCUAUGAGGAGUGAUGUUAGUUCUGACAGUGAUAAUUACAUCAUCGUAUCAUUGGAGGAGCAAGAGAAGGCUGACAUGGCUUUCAAUAUCGGUAGUCCUCUGAGGAUAACUGCUGUUGAGGAAGCCAGUGAAGUUCUCGAGGAAACGCCGGAUACCCAGAGUGUCAGGUCUCUGGACAGUGCCUGUAAAAGGAAAGAUCUCGUUUCGAUGGUGACGUUCAAGCUUUCGAAAGUAGAGUUUAUACAACAGUCAACUGGCUUCUCUUCGAGCAUAAAGGUACAGGUUUCCAAUAUUGGCAGCGAGGAGUGCUCGUCAAUACCCUGGGAUGAAUUUCAGACAAAGUUCAGUUCCCGUCCAAGAGGAUGGGUCGAGUUGCCUUCGGACGCGGACUGCAGGUCUCGCGUCAAGGUGCGGUUGGAUCACGGAUUAAAAAAUAAAGAAGAUUCUCGGAGAUUGUCUCAAGCUAGUCAGAGUACGAGUGACAGCAGCAGAAGGUCCUCGCAGGACCGCAGCAGACUGGCGGAGCCAGAAUCUCGCAUUUACGACAUUGAUUUACACGACAAGAACAGCGUCAUGGCUCUUUUCGAGGAUAAGUUGGAGGUUAAGGUCAACGACGUACCCCUGACGCUGUCCAUGAGUUCCGUCACAGGACUCGCAGAUCUGGCGGAAGAUGAAGUUAUACCUAAACCGAUCCCUAUGCAGAUAUAUUUAGAAAAUAUAUCGUUACGAUUGAAUGAAGACCGACCACCAAACAAUAUAACAUCCCCUGGUCCGAUACCCAUUGACUUGAGUAUAUCCAGACUUAGGAUAUCUAGGGAUGUCGGUGGAGUUUUUCAUAUCGAACCAGUUGUGAACCAGUUGGGUGAGAGUUGCUCCAACGUGACGGUGUCGAAUGCUAACGACUCGAGGGACGUGGAGAAAGAAAUCGAGUUGAGUACUCUGAGAAUGGCGAGUAAACAGCUACGGUCGGACAACGAGGAACUGAAGAGACGUCUCGCUGCGUUCGAAAGAUUAUCGGAGGAGAACACUAAAUUGCGAAGAGCCAAGGAGGAGUCCGACGUCCUAAGGACGUGUCUAAACGCCGCCCAGGAGAGCAUAACGAGCUUGCUGCAAGAGAAGAAGAACCUUCAAGAAACCAUUGCCGAGUUGCAGGGCCAACUGCGAGUAAGUCGUAACGCGCAAGCUUCGAGUACGACCUGUGUACGAUCGACGGUGUGCUUUGUUCAUACAUGGACGUCGGAGUACUGCCAGAGGUGUUAAGCUCCUCAUAAAUGCUUGGGGAUUCUUUCGGACGUGAUGGAGUGGCGGACAGGCUUGAUAAAGAAGGAAAAAGGAGGAAAGCAUGCAGCUAUAUGUAUAUCGUUACGUGGGAACCUUAGAAUCGCGGCACACGACGCGUUACAUUCAAUGGGGAGAUUCGAUCUGAGACUAAACUGGACGUCGAGUUGGGAGAAAUGGAGGAAGAGUACAACAUUUUGUUACUAGAACUGGGGACGGUAGAGAUUGAAACUGUAAUUGUACAGCUCUUCGCUUCCUCGAGUGUUGGGGCGCUAGUUACUGCCGCUUAGGUCUCUUAGAAGAAAAGUGUUCUAAGCAAGGCAAAUACUCCACGCAAUAUUACAUCGGUCCAUGUCUCUUUAAGUUACCUAGAGUCGUAGGAUUCAUCUAGCCGGAGUAUGUUUGCAUUUGCGAGAGGGCAUACGGCGUGUCUUGUACACAAGUGAUUGCAUCUGGAUGUACAUAUGUAUAUCGUGCAAGAUGUAUAUGUAUAAGUAUAAAUACAUUGAAUAUAAGGGAGGCAGCGGAAAGGAAGGAACCACUGGUUGCAACGCGUUGGGAGGAACUUUGUGAGUCGUUUUUACAGCGAAGGUCGAUCUCCUUCUGUGUGCCCGAGGUUCUCGGGGAGUGCGGGAGUAGGAAUAAAAUAAACAACGUGUUGUGCCGCGAUCCAUCGCCGGGUUGGAAAGGUACGUGUAUCAGGGAACUCUUAAUAGGUAGCCUCGGUACUUACAAGGAAACAUUCCCAAGUGUCCGCCUCCGAUCUUAUUGAUUUCCAUAUAUGUUGAAGAACACAAAAA